AUGUAUCACGGGAUGUCGAAGACAGAAGAAACUCUACGUGAAUGCGGUCGGUGGAUAUGCCAUUCAUUCGAUAUAUUAAAAGCGAUUAUCAUUCGAGUGAUUUUUGCACUUCAUGCAACGAUCGCAAUCGUGCGAACAGUUAUCACAAAGGGAGAUUAUUGGUAUCUGUUAAACAUGUGUGGAGUGAAUUUUCUUCUUAUUGAAUUGAUUGUUACUAUUUUUAAACGAAAAGGCAAAGAACCGAAAUGGUUUUCUCCAUGCUUUUUUCUUUACAUUUGCACGAUGAUUCCUCCGAUAUGGUUUCUCGAAAUCAAUCGAAUCAAUGUUAAACUUGGCCGUGAACCAUUCAAUCAAACUGAAGGCAGAGAACUGGAACUAUUAAUCGAAAAAGGUCUUAUCUCCAAAGCAAAUAUCAACGAUAAAACGAAUUUAGUCUUACAAAAGGUGAGACGUGAAAGAAGACAACGAUUGCAUGAUGCAUGA